CUAACACUCAAGAGAUAGGACGCUAAAAUACUUGCACAACUUUACUAAUUAUUUUUAUUAACUCAACAACUACAUCAACAUGAAGAAGAUUUAUUUACUCUUUUUCAUCUUUUUAUUUAUUAACGGUGUGUUUGGUGAUGAAGUGAAGUCAGUGUCAGUGAUGGAGGGAGAUUCUGUUACUCUUCACACUGACAUCACUGAAAUAAAGGCAGAUGAUGUGAUAAAUUGGAGAUUUGAUGGGGUUCGCAUAGCUCAAAUCAACAAAGCGGCCAGUAUUAUGUCAUUAGAUGAUGAUGUACUUGAUGGGAGAUUCAAAGCUAGACUGUAUCUAAAUAGUCAAACUGGAGAUCUCACCAUCACAAACAUCACAACUAAAGACUCUGGGCUUUAUAAAUUACAGAUCAGUGACAGCAGUAAGAGUAUAGAAAGGAUUUUCAAUGUCACUGGUGUGUUUGGUGAUGCAAUGAAGUCAGUGUCAGUGAUGGCGGGAGAUUCUGUUACUUUACACACUGAUGUUCUUGAUAUACAGAAAUAUGAUGUGAUACGUUGGAGGUUUCAACAUGAAAACUCUCCUCUAGCUGAACUCAACAGAAAAACCGCUCUCUUCUCUACAUAUGAUAAUGUAAAUGAUGGGAGAUUUAAAGGUAGACUGCAACUGAAUGUUCAGACUGGAUCUCUCACCAUCACAAACAUCAGAACUGAUCACUCUGGACUUUAUGAAGUAGAUAUCAGCAACAGCAGUACACACACCAUACAUCAGUCAUUCACUGUUACCGUCUAUGGUGGAGUGAAGACAGUGUCAGUGAUGGAGGGAGAUUCAGUCACGCUGUACACUGAUACUGAAAUUCAGACUUAUGGUCUUACAGAAUGGAUGUUUGGAGAUGGACACACUCCAAUAGCUCAAAUGUAUAAGCCAAAGACACGGUUCGCUAAGUAUGAUGGUGAUGAUGAGAGAUUUAAAAACAGACUAAGGCUGAAUGAUCAGACCGGAGAUCUCACCAUCACACACAUCAGAACUGAACACACUGGAGUUUAUGAAGUAAAGAUUAGCAGCGACAGACAUUCCUUUCACAGGAGAUUUAUUGUGACUGUCACUGCAUUGGGUCUGUCUUUAGGUGCUGUUGCAGGAAUAUGUUUUACUUUCCUCUUUAUUGCUGCUGUAACUGUUGUUGUAAUUUACUAUCGCUUGAGGUUUCACUGGAAAGACAAAUGUUGGGAUAAGAUGGAGUCAGUGAUGGAGGGAGGUUCUGUUACUCUACACACUGAUCUUACUGACAUACAGAGUGAUGAUGAGAUCGAGUGGAGGUUUGGACCUCAAGAGGUCACCAUUGCUAAAAGCACAAAAGCAAAAAUCAUUUAUUUUGAUGAAAGAUUCAGAGACAGACUGACACUAAACCCUCAGACUGGAGAUCUCUCCGUCAAAGACAUCACAAAUGAACAAUCUGGAUUUUAUCGGCUAAAGACCAUAAAAAAUGGAAGCCUGUCUUUCAAGAAAUUUUAUGUGAUUGUCAUUGGUAAAGUAAUGACAGUGAAUGCAGGAGAGUCUGUCACUUUAGAGACUAAUGUUACUGAAAUACAGAGAGAUGAGAAGAUAGAGUGGAUGUUUGGAGAUAAAGACUCUAUAAUAGCUCAAAUUGACAGCGCAUUUGAUAUCUUCUGUACAUGUGAUGGUGGUAAUGAUGUAUUCAACAAUACACUGGAGCUGGAUCAUCAGACUGGAGAUCUCACCAUCAAAAACAUUAGAAAAAGACAUGCUGGUGUUUAUACACUAAAGACCAUCCUCAGUGGAAAUGUCUCUUUCAGGAGACUGCGUGUGAUUGUCACAGGUGUCAUUAGAAAGAUUCAGAAAGGGGAUUUAGAAACACCUUUGGUGGUUUAAGACGUCCAGUUUUACAUAAAAAAAACACAUCAACAUCACUGUAACUUACAGAAUCACCCUCACAUUGAUGAGUUCAAGUUGGUAACCUUAUCUUCAGUCUUUGUCUGGUCUUGUUAAUUAAAGGACUACAUACCAGUGCUUCAUCAAUGUUUCUUUUACUCUGCUCCUGCAUUUCCAAAACCACAGUCUUCUCAUCCAUCUGUUACAUGGACAGUAUUAUACUCAGCAGUACAAGUGCAAAUCCAUCUUUCACCUGAAAGAUUUCAAAGCCAUUUCUUUAAAACCAUUGGUUUACUUGCCUGCUCAUUUCUCUGAUACACAAUUUAAUAUUUGCUAUCUACUCCAUUGUCUGAGUCUAUGCUGACCUACAGAAAUGAUCUGAUCUUUGUAUAAUUGUUAACAUCAGAUUUUAUUUAAGUUAUGCUGCAUAUAAUAUUCAUAUAAUCAUAUUAUGUAUGUAGAUGUUAGUGAACAUCAAAAGUCUCUGUUUCUCUGUCCAUGUAUGCAUACUUUAUACUUUUUAUUUUAAAUACUGUUACCCCAAUGAAUGAGUAUAGUCAGCUUUAUAGAAUGAAACGUAUAAAAACACGUGAACUAAUAGUAGAGCAGGACUCGUAACAAAGUCAAAGGGUUUGAAAAUGUAAAGUCCAUAUGCACUGUAAGUCAGAUGGAUAAAACCAUCUGCCAAAUUAAUAAAUAUUUUCAAGAUAUGUGUUAAUAAAAUACUUUUUAUGUUGUCGAGUUGCAUAAAUGUAAUGUUUAUGUUAUCAAGAGUGUUUGUGUUUUUUAUUUUUUUAACUGAUGUAACAAGCAACAUGUCUCUUUUAUGACGGGAUCUCAUUUUGUUCCAAUAAAUGAUAAAUUACUUGCUAAGAGAAACAAAUUAGACUGAAUUAUAUUUACUAAUGCUCAUUCUUAACAGUUCACUAAAGUGACAACUGUCAGUCAAAGAUGCUGACGUGGUGCCCU